AUGGGCACAGUCUGGGCCGGGAGCCGGAGCCGGAGCUCCAGCCCCAGGGCCGGGCGCCUGCUGGGCCUGGCGCUGUGCGCCGCCGCCGCGCUGCUUCUGCGGGGCCCGGGCAGAGCUGCCGCCUACUUCCCCGAGGAGCGGUGGAGCCCCGAGUCUUCUCUGCAGGCGCCGCGGGUCCUCAUCGCCCUCAUCGCCCGGAAUGCGGCCCACGCGCUGCCCUCGACUCUGGGCGCCCUGGAGAGGCUGCGGCACCCGCGGGACCGGACUGCGCUAUGGGUGGCCACAGACCAUAAUGUGGACAACACCUCGGCGGUGCUGCGGGAGUGGCUGGUGGGCGUGAAGAGCUUGUACCACUACGUGGAGUGGCGACCCAUGGAGGAGCCGAGGUCCUAUCCUGAUGAGGAUGGCCCCAAGCAUUGGUCCAAUUCUCGCUAUGAGCAUGUAAUGAAGCUCAGACAGGCAGCCUUGAAAUCAGCUCGAGAUAUGUGGGCAGACUAUAUUCUGUUUCUGGAUGCAGAUAACCUCCUAAUAAACCCAGACACUCUCUCCCUGCUGAUCGCAGAGAAUAAGACAGUUGUGGCUCCCAUGCUGGACUCCAGAGCUGCCUAUUCCAAUUUCUGGUGUGGAAUGACUUCUCAGGGCUAUUACAAACGAACACCCGCAUACAUACCCAUCAGGAGGCGGGAUCGCCGUGGCUGCUUUGCUGUUCCCAUGGUGCACUCCACCUUUCUGAUAGACCUCAGGAAAGAGGCUUCCCGGGAGCUCUCCUUCUACCCCCCACAUCCUGAUUAUACCUGGUCCUUUGAUGACAUCAUCGUCUUUGCUUUCUCCUGCAAGCAAGCAGAAGUGCAGAUGUUUGUCUGCAACAAGGAGGUCUAUGGCUUCCUCCCAGUGCCACUGAGGGCCCACAGCUCCCUUCGAGAUGAAGCCGAGAGCUUCAUGCAUGCUCAGCUUGAAGUCAUGGUAAAGUACCCCCCAGUGGAACCUUCACAUUUUACCUCUGUCCAGGCCAAAGUACCCGAUAAGAUGGGCUUUGAUGAGGUCUUCAUGAUUAAUCUUAAGCGUCGAUCGGACAGACGUGAACGUAUGCUAAGGACUCUCUAUGAGCAAGAAAUUGAAUGCAAAGUUGUUGAUGCAAUUGAUGGAAAAGCCAUGAACACAAGCCAAGUGGAAGCGCUGGGGAUUCGGAUGCUGCCAGGUUAUCAGGACCCCUACCAUGGUCGGCCACUCACCAAGGGAGAGUUGGGCUGCUUCCUCAGUCACCACCAAAUCUGGAAGGAGGUGGUGGAGCGUGGGCUGGAGAAAUCUCUCGUGUUCGAGGACGACCUCCGCUUUGAGAUUUUCUUUAAGAGACGCCUGAUGAAUCUGAUGUAUGACAUUGAGGAAGAAGGCCUGGAGUGGGACCUGAUCUACGUGGGCAGGAAGCGGAUGCAAGUGGAGCACCCAGAGAAGGCAGUGCCACAUGUUCGGAACCUGGUAGAGGCUGACUACUCCUACUGGACCCUGGCCUAUGUCAUCUCCCUCCAGGGAGCUCAGAAGCUGCUCGAUGCCCAGCCUCUUUCUAAGAUGCUGCCUGUGGAUGAGUUCCUGCCUGUGAUGUUUGAUAAACAUCCAGUCUCUGAAUACAAAGAACACUUUGAGAAGCGAGACCUCCUGGCCUUCUCGGUGGAGCCCCUGCUUGUGUACCCCACUCAUUACACAGGGGACGAUGGCUACAUCAGUGACACAGAGACCUCAGUUGUGUGGAAUAAUGAAAAGGUGAAGACAGACUGGGAUCGAGCCAAGUCCCAGAAAAUGAAGGAGCAGCAGGAGCUGAGCAGGGAAGCCAAGAACUCAGACGUUUUACAGUCUCCGCUUGACAGCACAGCCCGAGAUGAGCUGUGAUCCAACAGAGCUGUGUCUCAGAAGCCCCGAAGGCCUGGCAUCUAUUGGGAGCUGGUGUGGGCACAGCAGAGAGGGAUGGGGAAAGGGAGCAAGAGCAGAGCCCAGGGAGGGAGAACCUGGCACCAGAACUGUGUCUCAUUGGCACCUCAGGCUCUGGGGAGAUGUAUCCCAAGAUCUUAAGAGCCCCAUGCUCAAUUUGGGGGAAGCAUGGUAACAUGGACACAUAGUGGGAGCUUAAUAAGUAUGUGAUUGAUUAAUUCUGCAAUGUGCUCUGCUGGAGAAUAUUUUGUCUUCUUCCUUUGAGUCAAAAUCUAGGGUCCUGAGGACAUGGAAGAAGCUGCCUGAGAAGUUUGAGGUUUUUAAAAAAAAAAAUCUUUUUGAGGUUUCUCACACCAGAAAAACCUGCAGAGACCAUUGCAUUUCUGAGCAAUCAGUGGGAGCAGGGCCUUCCCUUGACUACAGGAAGGACCUCAUUUCUACCAUGUCCAAGGAGGGGGAGGGGUAGAAUUUACCAGCCCUAGAGAUUUUCUGAAGGUCAGAGAGCCACAUUUUCUUAGCCAGGUUUUGUCCCUGGAGGAUCAUCAGGACGCUGACCUGUCAGCUUGACUUUCUGCUCUAACAUUCAGCAUUACUCAGGUGACCCUUUUGGUCUGGCUCAGGUAUUAUAGAAGCAUAUGGAGGGAUAACAGGGCUGCUCUGAAAUGAGGGAGCUGUUCCGCAGGCCUUGCAGCUGGCAGCAUGGCUAAAGGGGCCCCUCUGAGUGAGGGCUCUGGGCAGCGGCACCUUCCCGCCCCCUUUGCUCUCCUGGACUUAUGGUGACUUUGUCAGCAUGUGACUAAAACUAACUUAUCUUAACCUAAAGUUUAAUUUGUACCUUAAGGAAAAUUGGCCUUAUCAUUGCUGAUGUCUGAGACCCUAACUUCAGUCCUAUGAUCCUGGGUUCCCUUUGGCUUCCUUACUGACAGAACAUGUUCAUCUUUUAUUUCCAGUGGGCUGUCUACCCUUUCCUCUCUGCUGUCAGCCAGCCCAGUGAGGUGAGGUGAUCAGAGCAGACGGGUGGUGUACACUGCCUUACUGAACUGGUUUCAAAGGUCUCCUCAUAGGGGGAUGGACUAGAUUAUUUGUCCUGUUUCUUCACUUAAUUUCUCUGUUACAUACUUGAUCCAUCAGUCACCAGAAAUUCGGAGGUGAUGUGAUGUCCUUCUUGCCUUCUGACCAUAUGGCCCUUCUUUUUGAGGCGCCUGGUGUGCCUUCUUACAAGCCCCCCCACUCCCUCUCUCAAGUUGUCUUCCCAUGAGCCCAGAUGAAACAGUGUUAGGCUGGGAAUUGCUUGCUUUCACUGCAAGUGAUUAAUUUUUGUACAUUGUUUUUGUAAAUGUUUCAAUGUUUCUGUACAUUUUUUAAAAAAAAUAAAUUGCUUUCUUGCUGUUGUC